GGCAAUAUCCCCUCAAAACAUUAUUACAGGGGAAGAGAGCUGGAGGGGAGUCAUUUUCACACACAAUUGACAAGCAUUCUCUUCUCCAUCACCUAUACAUAUAUAAUACACACAUGCAUGGAAGGGGAUGGAGAGAGAAAGAGGAAAUCUCCUCUAGAGUUGGACUGGGAUAAGCUACUCCGGCCAGAGGACGACGAGGAUCCGGUUCUGGUGGUCAAGCCGGUGGCAGCAGCGGCGGAAAAGAAACCGAUGACUGAUGACGGGGAGGAGUCAUCCAGAGGCGAUCAAUUUCGUCAAACGCCUGAUGACGAAUUGAUGACAGAAAUUACUAGGAUGAAGAACAAUUUCCCUUCCUUGGCCGCUAACUUGCCUGACCGUGGAGAAAAGUAUCUAGCCAGUAUCAAGCGGCGCGAAGAGGAGUUGGAGCGUAGAAAACGUCAGAAGGAUGAUGGAAGAUGCAAGAAGCCCUCACGGUCAACAGACCCAACUUUCGUUGGUAGGCUACUGUUACUUUUCAAUCUAUUACCCAUGCACACGUGACAUGUGCACAUUCAA